AUGGCUCUCAAUUGCUUGACAUGCCAGGGCAUGAAAAGGGUUGACUCAGACAAGGAUUUUAGGGAGAGUUGUGGUCAUGACAAACCCUAUUUUAGGCUAUCUUGGUCCAUGGUUGAGAGAAGCUUUUCCGGCAACUUAGGGCCGCCUGGUCCUUGUAACAAAAUGAAAAAUGAUCAGCCACCUUUGGUGGCUGCCAAGAGGGUGAAGAAGGGUCGACACCGGAUCCAUAACAGCGAACCUGUUAACUUCCCCGGGAGCUCGCCCAGGUUGGUGAGGAGCUGUGGGAUGAGAAGGGAUUGGAGCUUUGAGGAUCUGAGGCAAAGAAUGGACAUGGCAAGAUAA